UGGGGUGCGGGGCUCCCUGUUACCGUGCUCGUGAGGAGCAUAGGUGUAGAGCGAGGUCCUCCUCAGCGUGCUCUGCCCACGGUGUCACCGGUGCCGCCAGCUUCGUACGGUUCUCCAGUGACGCGGUGUGCGCUGCCGCCGUCCUGGCUUGCUAGGGCCCAGCAUGGCAGCGCUGAGUCUGGCUUUGGGUAAAAGGCAAGAAGUCGGAGUGAGGUUAUGUAACCUGUUAACCUACGGAAUGAACGCUUAGCAGGAAUGGAAGCGGGACGCGUGUUUACACCGAGCUGUGACAGCGUUGCCAAAAGAAAAACACCAUAAAAACACGUAAUUAAAUGUUAAGAGACGGCAGGGGAUUCAAAAUCAGCAGAUGGGAGGAGUCAGUGGGGACAGAAAAAGAUUUAUGGCACACAACAUGGUGGAUCUGUGCUGGAAGCUGUCUGUCUGCUUUUUCUGCUAUCAAGUUGUCUCAGGAAGAGUUAAGGAGGAGGCACAUUACGUGGCUGCUGUGUACGAACAUGAGUCCAUCCUGAGUCCUAACCCAACAGCCCUCACUGAUCGACAGUCUGCGCUGGAACUCAUGGGCAGAAACCUGGACAUCUAUGACCAGCAAGUAGCGGCUGCUGCAAGACAGGGGGCACAGAUCAUUGUUUUUCCUGAAGAUGGAAUCCAUGGUUUCAACUUCACAAGAAGAUCAAUUUAUCCUUAUUUAGACUUUGUUCCGCAUUCCGGCUCUGUGAAGUGGAAUCCGUGCAGGGAGAAGUAUUUGUUCAGUGACACAGAGGUUCUUCAACGUCUGAGCUGCAUGGCACUGAAGAACAAAAUAUUCCUGGUGGCAAACUUAGGAACUAAGCAACCAUGUGAGCACACCGACCCUCACUGUCCACGUGAUGGAAGAUACCAGUUCAAUACCAACGUGGUGUUCGAUGAUUCUGGUACACUGGUAGCCACGUACCGUAAACACAAUCUGUAUUUUGAAUAUGCUUUUGAUACCCCUCCAGAGCCUGACUAUAAGCUCUUUGAUACCCCUUUUGCUGGCAAGUUUGGUAUGUUUACUUGCUUUGACAUACUCUUCUUUGAGCCAGCAGUGAAUCUAAUCAGACAAUACAAUGUAAAACAGAUUGUCUAUCCGACUGCCUGGAUGAACCAGCUCCCACUCCUGUCUGCUGUAGAAUUUCAACAAGCUUUUGCAACAGCUUUUGGUGUCAAUAUUUUAGCAGCUAAUAUCCACCACCCUGCCCUGGGCAUGACAGGGAGUGGCAUAUACACUCCUGUCAAAUCAUUUAUCUACCACAACAUGGAAAGUUAUGGUGGAAAGCUCAUAGUAGCAGAAAUUCCCGUCAUUAGCACAGACUACCAAACCAAUUUGGAGCGUAAUGAAAGAUUUAGAGAGAAUGUACAUCAUUCAUGCACUACUUCUACAAGUACCUCAGGGGAUGACCAAGUUUGCUUUACGGAAGGACAGGAGGCCCCUGGCAAAGUAUCAGAGAAAGGAAAUGAACAGUCGCCUCCCCUGUUCUAUGCAGAAAUGAUGUAUGACAAUUUUACUUUUGUUCCUGUAUGGGCGGAAAAAGGAGAACUUCAGGUUUGUGCCAAUACUCUUUGUUGCUACUUAAAUUAUAAGAGAGAUGUUUUAACUGAUGAAUUAUACGCUUUGGGAGUUUUUGACGGGCUCCAUACAGUGAAUGGCAUAUACUAUGUCCAGGCCUGUGCAUUAGUGAAGUGUGGAGGUCUCAGCUUUAGCACUUGCGGGCAGGAGGUUACACAGGCCACUGCUCUGAUAGAUUUCCAGCUAUGGGGAAAUAUGAGUACGCCUUAUAUCUUUCCUUUACUGCUGACAUCUGGUAUUACCUUGGACUUUGCUGAUCACAUGGGCUGGAAAAACAACCACUAUUUCCUAAGCAAAAAUAGAACUUCUAAUGGUCUACUGACAGCUGCUCUGUAUGGACGAUGGUAUGAAAAGGACUAGCACAGAUAUCUAACUGCAUCAGAUUUUCAGUGUUUAUCUUAACGUGAACUGUUGAACAUCUGUACUUCAGAAUCUUCAGGUAUGUUUGUUACGUGACUGUCUAUAAUAAGAUUCUACGUUUGAAAUGAUGACCAAAGAGACUAUAAACCAAGUGUGUCCCUUGGAAGCUUAUGUCUUUCCACAAGUAAGUGAAUUGCCUUGCAAGUCUAAUGGCUUGUUACAGUGCGUUUGAGAUACUUUAUAUUAGGAAAAUAAUCUCAUUUCAACUGAAUUUGCUCCUUUUAAUUUAGUUCUUUGGUUCUCCUGGGUUCUGGUGGGGGUGGAAAUGAAAGAAGUAGAAAACCAUUAAAAGAGGAAGAAAAGUAGGAAAGGGAAUGGCAUGGAUUACACAAAUAUAUGCAAGAAAAUAGAUGCAUAUAGCUUGAAUAGCAUCAGGUCCUGAUUUCUGUUUAGAGUUCUAAGGUUUCUUCCUUAUUCUCAACUCCCUUCCCUCGGCUCCCAUCUGAAAUCUUUACAAUUUACUGGCCACUUGCUUGGCUGUUAGCAACUUCAGUAAGUUAUCUCAACUUUUAACAGUAACUAAGCAAGUGUUACCACUGUGAACAUCUGUGGAACAACCAGUCUGAGAAGGAGUAUAUCAACUGCUACACUGAAACACUAGUCUUCAUUACAGCAUAAUUUCCAUGCUCCUGUGUAAGAAAUUAUGUUUAAAUAAAGCUCAAUAACAAAUACCAGCAAG